AUGGACCACAGACCUCCUCUUAUCCUGCUGCUGCUGCAUCUGGGCCUAUCACAGGCCAGUGGAAAUGAGAUCCAUGAUGAGCUGGACCAUGUGUCCAUCACUUCAACGAUCCUGGUGUCCAACAAUGGAACUAAUGAGCUUCUGCUGGAAGGAGACAUUCUGGCUCCUAGAACCAGGAACGCCAUGAAGUGCUUUAGCAGCCAGUACAGCUGUCUGUGGAGGAAGUCGAUUGACGGCUUGGUGUACAUCCUCAGCAAUGUAUAUUCCAGCUUGGAGGUAGAGACGAUUGAGACGGCCAUGAAGUACUUCCAUGGCAAGACCUGCAUCCGCUUCAUCCCACGUCGGAGACAGACUGCCUACCUGGACAUUCAGAGCAGUGGCGGGUGUUUCAGUUCCAUGGGGACUGUUGGGGACAGGCAGACAUUGUCUCUUGCGCAGUUUGGCUGUGUUCAACAUGGUAUCAUCCAGCAUGAGCUGCUUCACUCCCUGGGCUUCCACCACGAGCACAGCAGGAGUGACCGUGACCAGUAUAUCAGGAUCAACUGGCAAUACAUCUAUAACUACGCCAUCGAGAACUUCCAGAAGCAGGACACCAACAACCUGAACACUGCAUACGACUACUCCUCUGUCAUGCACUAUGAUAGAACCGCUUUCACUAACAACUACGGAAAGGAAACCAUCACUCCCGUCCCAGACCCAUCUGUGGCCAUUGGACAGAGACUAGGCAUGUCUGACAUUGACGUCCUGAGAGUCAACAAGCUCUACCAAUGCUAA